AUUCGGGUCAGUAGCCGAACGUAGCAGGAAGAAGUGCCCUCCAGGAUUGAGGACACCUACCAUCCAAUUAUUCAUCCUACUACACGUAGUUGAAGGUGAGCAUUACUGGAGAUUGGUAAUGUCUGCAUAGUUGUGAGAGGAACGUUGGGUCUUCGUGUGCCUGCAGAGGAGGAAGGAGAGGCUGCUGAAUAUUUCGUGUUUGUGGACACCGGCUGCCAUCAUCAUUUUGGGUCCCUAUCCCAGUCAAGACAACCUUUUUUUCAUUUCACAGAUGUCCAAUCAAGUCAGGCUGAGGCUUCUGCCCAGCGCCAGGUGUCUGUUCGAUGAGCCCGUCCAGGUGAAAGUGGCCGGUCUGAGGUCCAAGCAGGUGGUCACCAUGAGAGCCAGAUCCACAGACGAGAAGGGAGUGGUCUUCAGCUCCUCGGCCACCUACAGGGCAGACAGCAGCGGGGAGAUCGACCUGAGCAGAGACGCCUCCCUCAGUGGGAACUACGUUGGGGUCGAGCCCAUGGGUCUGCUGUGGUCUAUGAGGUCAAACGUCUUGCACAAGAGGUUUCAGAAGACAAACUCCCUGAAUCCCCAUGUGGUGAACUUCUCAGUGCAUGAAGAAGAGGGCCGGAUGGUGGCUGAGGCGACCAAUGAGAGGUUUCUGAUGGUAGACGGGGUCAGCCGAGUUCCCGUCAAGCAGGGAAAUAUUCGUGGGGUGCUUUUUACUCCCCCAGGAGAAGGGCCGUUCCCUGCUGUGUUGGAUCUGUACACGUUUGGUGGCGGUCUGUCGGAGAAAAGAGCCGCUCUGCUGGCCAGCCGGGGAUUCUUGGUUCUGACGGUGGCGCUGUACGGUCACGAUGACCUGCCCAAGAACAUUAAAGAAGUCCAUCUGGAUUAUUUUGAAGAAUCCAUCAAAUUUCUAAAGAACCAAGAUAAGGUGGGCAGUAAUGGAGUCGGCAUCAUCUCCCUUUCUAAAAGUGGAGAUCUCGCUCUGUCAAUCGCAUCGUACCUCCCAGGAGUCCAGGCUGUUGUCUGGAUCAAUGGCUGCUCCGCUAGCGCAGUCCUACCCCUUUAUUAUAAGAAUAGACAGAUUCUCUCAGCAUUGAAGUUUGACAUCAACAAAGUGAUUUCCACAGAGUCUGGAGCCAUUAUCACCAAAUAUGGCAUGCAUGAUCCUCUGAAGGAGGAAAAUAAGUCAUCCUUGGUGCCUAUCGAACGAGCAAGUGGACGUUUCCUGUUUGCAGCUUCAGAGGACGACUUCAACUGGGACAGCAAGGCCUACAUGGACGAGAUGGUGGACAGACUAAAGCGUCAUGGGAAGGAGAACUUUGAGAGUGUGAGCUACCCUGGAGCCGGACAUUAUUUAGAGCCCCCGUUUGGACCGUACUGCCACUCCAGCUUCCAUGGAGUCACAGGUAUGCCAGUCCUGUGGGGGGGGGAGCCCAGGACCCACGCUGCUGCUGAAGUCCAUCUAUGGAGGAAGAUCCAGGAGUUCUUCAGAACUCACUUAAACUGUGACAAAACUCAAACUAAAUCCAAGUUAUAGUGCUGCUGUCCUUUAAUCAAAAGCAAGUCAAGAUAUCUAAAAAAGAGUUUUGGGCUGAAAGGAAGCCGUUACUUCAAAGACGACGAGAAAAAAGGCAGAUUACAGUUUGAAAAUGCGCAAUUAUAGCAAACCUUAACUCAAUCUGUAUAAACUCAUGUUUUUGAAAGCAAUUUAAUUUAAAAAACACUAUUGUUAUGCCAUUUAGAAAAUAGAAACAUUUCAGUAUCCUGAAAUUACAUAGAAAGUUUGUUCCAAUUUAAUGUCAAUUAGAAGAAAAAUAGGCUUCAUGUCAUUUUCUACCAUUUUAAUUCAUGAAAGUCUGGGUUUUUCUGGAAGUGAAAUAGCCGCACUGUCAUAUUACCAUAAAAAUUACAAUUCUUGCAGCUUUUUAACUGAAUGCUUGUUGUAACAUUAAUUGUAAUAAAACAUGUUGAGACCUGGUAAUUUGUUAGAACAGCUUUCAACUACAUCCCUUCUCUAACACACUUGAAAUAUAUUUUUAAUUGUUUUUUUUUUUUUACUUGGGAAAACACAAUUUCUUGUAUCUAGUUUAUUACUGUUAUUUUGUUAAAGGAAUUUAUUUAUUUUUCUAAUAUUCCAAUUUUCUGUAUUACACUACGGUCCAUUAGGUGGCAGCAAAUAUGCCCUCCAAACAGAGUGUAGAAAGAAGAAGAACGCACUAGCGAUGGGAGUACUGACGUCACAUCCGCCAUAUUGUAACCAUAGACACGGAUACGGUUUAACAGCUUUGUUGUCUUUUAUAUAGAGUUUGGGACUUUGUGGAGGAACGCCGACAUGCCCGGCCAUCGCUGCUGCAUUCACGGCUGUUCCAGUCGUUCACACGGUAAGAACGAAGAGAAAUUAAACAACGGACUGCGUUUCUUCUGCUUUCCGAGGUGGAAGAAACAUGAAGACAAACUUGUGUCGGAGAUGACCCUAUGGCCUGGGUAACGGCAGUUGGAAGGAACGACGUCACUUUCGACUGCAUUUUACCAUCAAAAAGGGUCUGCUCUGUCAUUUUCAUUCAGGUACUCUCUCGAUUUAAUACACACUAGUAAAAGUGACGCUUUGUUAUACCGUGUGUGGUAUUUUGCACUAGUGUUGCCAUUUUCUAUGUGGAGACCAUGAACGCAUCUCUGAAGAUGCUGUUUCUGCUCAGUCAGCAGGUUAGACCUCAGAAAUCCUUUCUAAACCGAUAAAUAGUCGUCUGGUUGUUAAACAUACUAUUCUGCGCAUGUGUAAAACUCAAGGCGCGGGGGCCUUUGAAUUCGACUCUACUAACUCAGUUAAUGUUUUUCCAGGAAAACCAGCGUAUGAAAUGCUAACGACCCAUCCUGACUGGAAAGCGUCUCUGCUGCUGGGCCAGAAGCAGGUCAGGCAAGAAAAAGAGCAGCAGGAGAUGCCACACACAGCCGAGGUUGUGCAAAACUGUGAAGAGGAAGAGGAGAAACGGGAGAAAAUUGGCCUCUCACAACCUGUCGAGGAAAGUUCAGAGGAAAACAUGCUUGACCAAUGUGCUUUGAAGCAAAUCACUAGUCUAAAGAGUGAACUCACUGAACUUACAGAACUGUUCUUAAGGGGUGACAAAAAGGUAAAAUAUUACACCGGACUUCAGAGCCAUUCCACUUUUCAGGUCUUGUUGCGCCGCAUCAAACCUUUCCUGCCGCAGGUUGCAACAAAGUUGACUCACUCAGAUGGUUCUCCUCACCUUAAUGCGUCUGAAGUUGAAUUUUCCAGGGGAUCGGAUAAGUUAUUUACUUAACGUGCAGCAAGAAACCGCUAACGCUGCAUUCGAGGACAUGGUCGCCGCGUUGUACGCAUGCAUGUCUUCUCUGGUCCACUGGCCGGACAGAGCGGGUGUGGGUCAGUAUGCCUCAGCUGCUCCUGGAGACAUUUGGAAGACAGCUUGCCAUGAUCGUCGACUGCUUUGAGGUUUCCACGGAGACGCCUCCAAUAUGGAGUCAGGGGACGGACACAGUGGCACGGUGAAAUACGUCACCGGCAUCGCUCCGCAGGGAGUCAUUUCCUUCACCUCCAGAGGCUGGAGGGGGUGCAGCAGUGACGUAGAAAUCACAGAAAGCUGUGGUCUGCUGGGCAAACUGCAGCCGCAUGACGUAGUUCUGCGUUUUAACAUGAAGGACGAUCUGGGCAUGGUGUGUGCUGAGGUCAAAAGGUCAUCACCAGACGGCCACCGUGAGCUGGAUCAGAAGACAGCUGAGGAAACAAGACUGCUAAUGCACAUUAGAAGCCAUGUAAGGAGAAUUAUUGGUUCUGUUUGCAACAAAUACAAAACAUUAAAUUCAAACUUUCCCAUCAGGAUGAUUGGACCGUCUGAGGAAGAGAGCGAGACGCUGCUAGACAAGGUUGUAGCAGUUUGUUGUGCUCUUAUAAAUCUGUAUCCAAAUGGUGUUCUUUCAUUGGAAAAAGGAAAUUAACAAAUACUGUACGGCAGAUGUAAACUCUUGUAAUAUUAUGACUUUAUUUUUGUACGAGUUUCUCUUAAUAUUAUGACUUUAUUCUUGUAAUUUUAUUUUUUCUUAGCAUGGCCGUGAUACAUGUGUGUUACAAAUGUAACAUAGUUGUGAAAGGUCACAUUGCAAACCAAUAAAACUUAGAAUUCUUCAGUAA